GCCAGCCAAGAUGGGCUCCCAGAUUUCUAACUAGCAGAAUGCUGGAGCAGGAGCGUGGAGCCUGCACUGUUCAGAAUGGCCGAGCUGGACACCGAUUUGGACCACGUCAUUCCAUCUUCUGUUCUUCCUCCCAUCUGGGCUAAGUUAGUCGUAGGAUUCGUUUCCCUCCUGUGUUUUGCCCGCAGCUAUGAUGGGGAUUUUGUCUUUGAUGACUCUGAAGCUAUUGUGAACAAUAAGGAUCUCCAAGCAGCAACGCCCCUUGGUGACCUAUGGCACCAUGACUUCUGGGGCAGUAAGCUGAGCAGCAACACCAGCCACAAGUCCUACCGACCUCUCACCGUCCUGACUUUCAGAAUGAACUACUAUUGGUCGGGAGGCUUCCACCCCAUGGGUUUCCACGUGGUCAACCUCCUCCUGCACAGCGGCAUCUCGGUGCUCCUGGUGGACGUCUUCUCCGUGCUGUUGGGUGGCCUGCAGUACACCAGCAAGGGGCGGAGGCUGAACUUGGCCCCGCGAGCAUCCCUGCUAGCGGCACUGCUGUUCUCCGUGCAUCCGGUGCACACAGAGUGCGUCGCUGGUGUGGUCGGCCGUGCAGACCUGCUGUGUGCCCUGUUCUUUUUGUUGUCUUUCCUUGGCUACUGUAAGGCCUUUAGAGAAAGUAGCAAGGAGGGAGCACAUUUUUCUACCUUCUGGGUCUUGCUGAGUAUUCUUCUGGGAGCAGCAGCCAUGCUGUGCAAAGAGCAAGGGAUCACCGUGCUGGGUUUGAAUGCGGUGUUUGACAUCUUGGUGAUUGGCAAAUUAAACAUUCUGGAAAUUGUCCAGAAGGUACUUCACAAAGACAAGUGCUUAGAGAACUUUGGCGUGCUCAGGAACGGGGGCCUUCUCUUCAGAAUGACUCUCCUGACCUUGGGGGGCACCAUCAUGCUAUAUGUGCGCUGGAAAAUCAUGGGCACGGGCCCCCCAGCAUUUACAGAGGUGGACAACCCGGCCUCUUUUGCCGACAGUGUGGUGGUCCGGGCCAUAAACUAUAAUUACUACUAUUCAUUGAAUGCAUGGCUGCUGCUGUGUCCCUGGUGGCUGUGUUUUGAUUGGUCAAUGGGCUGCAUACCCCUCAUUAAGUCAGUCAGUGACGGGAGAAUAAUUGCACUAGCAGCACUCUGGCUCUGCCUAAUUGGCCUGAUAUGCCAAGCCCUAUGCUCUGAAGACAGCCACAAGAGAAGGAUCCUUACACUGGGCCUGGGAUUCCUCGUGAUCCCAUUUCUUCCUGCGAGUAACCUGUUCUUCCGCGUGGGGUUCGUGGUUGCGGAGAGAGUCCUCUACCUCCCCAGUGUUGGCUACUGCGUGCUGCUGACGUUCGCGUUUGGAGCGCUCAGUAAGCAUACAAAGAGAAAGAAACUAAUUGCUGUUCUCAUACUGGGAAUUUUAAUCCUAAACAUGCUGAGAUGCAUGGUUCGAAGUGCGGAGUGGCGGAGCGAAGAACAGCUUUUCAGAAGUGCCCUGUCUGUGUGUCCUCUAAAUGCUAAGGUUCACUACAAUGUUGGCAAAAACCUGGCUGACAAUGGCAACCAAACAGCUGCCAUCCGCUAUUACAGAGAAGCUGUAAGGUUAAAUCCCAAGUAUGUUCAUGCCAUGAAUAACCUUGGAAACAUCUUGAAGGAAAGGAACGAGCUGCAGGAAGCGGAGGAGCUGCUGUCUUUGGCUGUGCAGAUACAGCCAGACUUCGCUGCUGCGUGGAUGAACUUGGGGAUCGUGCAGAACAGCCUGAAGCGGUUCGAAGCAGCCGAACACAGUUAUCGGACAGCCAUCAGACACCGCCGAAAAUACCCCGAUUGUUACUACAACCUGGGGCGGUUGUAUGCAGAUCUGAACCGUCAUAUGGACGCCUUGAAUGCCUGGAGAAAUGCCACCGUGCUGAAACCAGAGCACAGCCUGGCUUGGAACAACAUGAUCAUCCUCCUGGAUAAUACAGGUAAUUUAGCCCAAGCUGAAGCCGUUGGAAGAGAAGCGCUGGAAUUGAUACCUAAUGAUCACUCCCUUAUGUUCUCACUGGCCAACGUGCUGGGGAAAUCCCAGAAAUACAAGGAGUCGGAAGCUUUAUUCCUCAAGGCAAUUCAAGCGAACCCAAAGGCUGCAAGUUACCAUGGUAAUUUGGCUGUGCUUUAUCACCGUUGGGGACAUCUAGACUCAGCCAAGAAACACUAUGAAAUCUCUCUGCAGCUUGACCCCGCCGCCCCAGGGACGAAGGAGAAUUAUGGUCUUCUGAGAAGAAAGCUCCAACAGUUGCAAAAGAAAGGCGUCUGAUCCUUGGCCUUUCUUCUCUCUCGCUUUCUCUGUUCAUGUGUGCGUGUGUGUGCAUGAGGCAUACCAUUCACACUAUCAGGUUACACUUAACCAUUGAAAAGCCUAGACAUGGUUAUUUUAUUGCGUUAGGGUUUUUUUCUGAUGUGGGGACAAAAAAAAACAUGCGAAGAGAUUAUAGCACCAGCGACAUACUCUUGAAUGCGUGAUGUGGUUUUUGCAUAUUGAAAAUGUAUUUUUUUCUGACAAUUAACUGUAAAAUCUACAACUCCAAGGAUGAAGCCUUUUUGUAAUUAAAAAGAUAAGGAGAAACAACUGAUCCCGAGUGGCUUUCGGUACAGGCCGCCUCCAUGAGAGGUGUGAGCAUCAGUGUGCAUUACACGCCUCUUGUCACCAAGACAAGUGACUGCCCGUUUGUAUAAAUGUCAGAUAUGUUUGUAUAUUCGACUUUUUAUUUAAUGACCAGAGCGAAUAAAUCAAGACUUUGUUUUCAUUCUUUUAUAUAUAUAUCUGUGAAUUUCAUUGGUAAGGAAGUAUUUAUUUGUAUUUUUAAUGUUUUGAACAAAGCAACUAAUUGAAUGAAGAAUGAAAAGUUUUAACAUCUAGGGUAUCUAUUGUAGCUUUUCUUUGGGAAGAAAUUGGCCCCUGUGGUAGUUUUUGGAUUCUCCACUUGUGGUCUCAGCAUGUAGGAAAUGACGUGGUGUCUCCCUACACUGUCACUUUCAGUAGGAAUGUCGAGGGCCGCUGAGACGACAGCAGACAUCGCCUGAGGUGUGAGUGUCUGGUACACGGCAAGCGGUCAGAGGGCGACGCCUCGCUGUGAAUCGCUUGUCUCGUGUUUCUAACUGGAAACCAGUUUUCCAUUUUGCCUGAUGAAACUGCAGAAAUCGCUUGAUCCACACACACUGCAAACGUGAAAUUCCUCUCAAAAGGCACUCCCUUGGGGGAAUUUGUGUGUUUUGUUUGUUUGUUUUUGUUUUUAAGAAUUGGAUUCUUUUCUUGUUGUAUUUGGACCUCGGUAAUCAUGUUUAUUUGUGAAGAUUUAUGCAAUCUCUGUAAUUUCUUAUGCAGUAAAACUAUUACACAGAAA